CCCUGAUAAAAAUUUUAGCUUCACCACCACCAUUGUUCGUUUGGGUGUUUUGAACAUUGAUGAAUCGUUGCUUCUGAGAUCUCGACGAAGAUAAAAAGCUCUUCGGCUACUUCAGGUUUCGAGCUCACUCUGCUAGAAACCCUAAAAAUUUGAUUUUGUGAACUUCCCGUGGUAAAUUUGAAAGGGAGAUAUCUCAGAACCCCUACCAAGGACGAAUCUUGAUCAGAGCAGACUUGAUUUUUGAGGUGAGAAGCUUAGGGAAAGUUUUGUUAAUUGUGCGUUCGAAUUUGAGAGUUUUGAUAGACAGUGUUUACAUUGGAGGUUUUAGAUUGGGUGUAAGGAAUAAGUAGAUAGGUAUGGAUGGUAAGGAGAAGAAAUCUGGUUCCAAGAGAGGAUCUAAGGUUUUUCAGUUUGACGAUGAUGCUGAUGAUGAUGAACCUAUUGGAUCUCUCUUAGAGAUUAUGAAGCAUAAAAGUUCCAAGAAGGAUAAGGUUGAGACAGAAAGUACUGGUAAACAGAGGCAGAAACAGGUUGUGGAAAAGAAGCUGAGUGCUUUGGGCAAGGAUUCUGAAGAUAUGGAUGACACAUUAGCCAGUUUUAGGAAGAGGUUGAAGGGUAACAAGAAAGGUGUUGAAUCAGGAACCUCAAGAGUUAGGAACCACGAGGGUGUUGAUACUGUAACAAAUUCUAAUUUGAAACCAAUUGAGGAAGCCAACAAAAACGAGGUGCAGAGUGUAUUACUUAGGGAAAACGGUGCUUCUAAUUCUAUUCAAAAAUGUGCUUCAGAAACUGGAACCCUCUUGCAUAAGUUUUCUGGUAAAGAUAAGGCAGCCUCUCCCAGUCAUGAAAAAGUAGAAACAGUAUCCAGUGAGAAGGAAGCAGAUGUCUUUCAUCAAAUUACAAAGGAGGAAUCCGAGAUACCAAUGUCAGAGAAGGCUGUGGAGCUAUCCAGGGUGUCUGUCCCCAUGCCAGAUGUCCAUGGCGAAGUUAAUUGUACUAUUGCUCCUGAUAAGCACAUACACUUGGGAGAGCCAACUUCAGAGUCCGGUUAUUACCGAGAGAAGAAUUUAGUUAUGUGUGAUUGUGGUACCCAAUUUAAUUUUGAGGAUCGUUCCUUUGAGUCUAAUACUCAGGUUACUCUCUGUCAAAAGUGCAAGUAUUCUUCACACCAUAAUGCUUCUAAUGGAGGUGGUAUUCAAGUUAAUACUCUAGAAGAUGGAACUGCUCAAGCUUCGCCGGUUUCUAUAAUUCCCUGCGAAGAUGAAAAUUUCCGAGGGGAUGCAAUUUCACUACCUAAUUCUGGGAAGCCAUCGACCUUGCAACGCCCAGAGCGUAUUGCUAAAAAGCGUAAGCUUGGAAACAUGGUGUAUGAAGGAGACGUGAAAUGGGAGAAUGAGCAAGGCUUUCUUGAUUGUCAAAGUGACAAGUCCUUUAAGGGAAGCGACAAGUGUGGUUUUGUUCCAUCUAUUUCCAAGGAAAUUGAAAUUGGUAGAGCAGCUGCGGUAACAGCUGGACUUAAAGCCCAGUCAGUAAGUCCAAUUGAGAAGAUUAUACUUAAAGAGGUGUUGAAGCGCAAAGGUAGCAAUCAGGAGUACCUAGUUUGCAGGAACUCUAUCUUAGGCCUGUGGAGUAAAAAUGUCAGCCGAAUCUUACCUGUCACUGAAUGUGGUGUUACCGGAGGCCCUUCUGAGAGUGAAUUGCCUUCAGCUUCCCUUAUCAGAGAAGUCUAUAAGUUUCUUGAUCAGAGAGGUUAUAUAAAUGCUGGAAUUUCAUCUGUGAAUGGAAAGGCGGCAUCUUCGACUAAUCAAGACUAUGAUCUCCUCCAGGGGAGACAGCUUGAAGAAAGUUCUAUGGCUUCUGUUGCAGAUUCUGAAGAGGGAGUUGCUUUUAUCCUUGGUCAGGUCAAAGCCGUUGAAUCAACUAGUGAGGGUAAGAAAUGUGCUCUCCAAAACGAUGAAAGGGACUUGGUAGGAUGUGCGACCUCGGAAAUGUUGGAAUCUAUCAGCAAAAAAUGCGAAGCAAGCAUUAUUGAUGAUAACAAACGUUCUGUGAGCAUGAAUGCUUUACAGGAUAGUACUGCAUCUAAUGUUGAAAAGCAUCCUGAAACAUUUUCAGUAGCGAAGCCUGCUUUGUCUAGCACACUCUCCUCUGCACAUAGUAAUCAAAUGAGAGGAAGGGACUGUGUUCCAUGUGAGGUUAUAGAUGAGAAGAAAGUUAUAGUAAUUGGAGCUGGUCCUGCUGGAUUAACAGCAGCACGUCAUUUACAGCGCCAGGGUUUUUCUGUAACCGUUCUUGAGGCAAGGAGUAGAGUAGGUGGUCGUGUAUUUACAGACCGGUCGUCUCUUUCAGUUCCUGUGGAUCUUGGGGCUAGCAUAAUUACAGGCAUUGAGGCUGAUGUGCCAUCUGAAAGAAUGCCAGAUCCAUCGGUAUUGGUCUGUAACCAAUUAGGUCUGGAGUUGAGCGUGUUACAUGGAUUCUGUCCUCUUUAUGAUACUGUAACAGGGAAAAAGGUUCCUGCAGAAUUAGAUGAUGCUCUACAAGCAGAGUUCAACAGUCUAAUUGACGAUGUAGAUUUGCUUGUUGAGGAAAUAGGCAAGGAAAGAGCAAAUAAAAUGUCUCUUGAGGAUGGUCUAGAAUAUGGCCUUCAACGGCUGAGAAUGCCACAUGACAAGGUGAACAUUGACAAAUUUGGGCUUCUCAAUUCAAGCUCAAAAACGGGCAUCAGAGGUCCCUUUAUGCAGGAUGAAAGCUGGAAAGAUGAUUUUUUGAAUCCUUUGGAGCGAAGAGUUAUGAAUUGGCAUUUUGCUCACACAGAAUAUGGUUGUGCUGCUGUCCUCAAGGAAGUUUCGCUUCCUCACUGGAAUCAAGAUGAGUUUUAUGGCGGGUUUGGAGGGCCUCAUGCUAUGAUUAAGGGUGGUUAUAGCCGAGUUGUUGAGUCGCUUGCAGAAGGACUGGACAUUCACUUAAACAAAAUAGUUUCAGAUGUAUCUUAUGUCUCUGAUGUAUCUGCCAUGGAUAACAGCAAGCAUAAAGUCAGAGUUAGUACAUCAAAUGGCUGUGAGUAUCUUGGAGAUGCUGUUCUGGUAACUGUUCCACUUGGAUGCUUGAAAGCAGAAACUAUUAAGUUUUCACCACCCUUGCCGGACUGGAAAUAUGCGUCAAUCAAACAACUUGGUUUUGGAGUUCUAAAUAAAGUUGUUUUGGAGUUCCCAACGGUAUUUUGGGAUGAUAGUGUUGAUUACUUUGGGGCAACUGCUGAGGAAACAGAUCUAAGAGGUGAGUGCUUUAUGUUUUGGAAUGUCAAAAAAACUGUUGGUGCUCCUGUCCUGAUAGCUUUGGUGGUUGGGAAGGCUGCUUUUGAAUAUACAAACAAGAGUAAGUCUGAGCACGUGAACCAUGCAAUGAUGGUUCUUCGGAAGCUUUUUGGUGGGGAUCUGGUUCCUGAUCCUGUCGCCUCGGUAGUUACUGACUGGGGCACUGAUCCUUACAGUUAUGGUGCCUACUCGUAUGUUGCUAUUGGUGCUUCUGGUGAAGAUUAUGAUGUAUUGGGAAGGCCUGUUCAGAAUUGUUUGUUUUUUGCUGGUGAGGCAACAUGCAAAGAGCAUCCUGACACUGUUGGUGGUGCAAUGAUGACUGGAGUCCGGGAAGCUGUGCGUAUAAUUGAUAUACUUAGAAGUGGAAAUGAUUACACAGCCGAAAUAGAAACACUAGAAAAAGCGCAGAGGAAAUCUGUACCUGUAAGGGAUGAAGUCAGAGACCUAAUAAAGAGGCUGGAAGUUGUUGAGCUGUCUAAUGUGCUAGCCAGGCAAUCAUUGCUACGAAACAUGUUCUUCUCUGCCAAAACAACUGUCGGGCGUUUGCAUUUAGCCAAGGAGUUGCUUAACCUACCUGGUGAAACCUUGAAAUCCUUUGCAGGUACAAAAGAAGGGCUUGCAGUGCUGAACUCUUGGAUCCUGGAUUCGAUGGGUAAGAAUGGAACCCAGCUUUUACGUCACUGUGUACAUAUUCUUGUUCGAGUUACGAGUGACCUCUUUGCCUUGAGGCUAUCAGGUAUUGGGAAGACUGUGAAAGAAAAGGUUUGUGCACACACGAGCCGUGAUAUUCGUGCCAUUGCAAGUCAGCUUGUUAAUGUGUGGCUGGAUCUAUACCGGAAAGAAAAAGCUAAUAGUGGAAAGAAAUCGUUGAGACAAGCGAAUACUACAAACACCUCUAGAAUAAGAAGAAAACUGAAUAGUCCGGACACAGACAGUAAGGGAAAGCUGAGCAAUGGCAACGAUGUGAAAACAGAUGAAGAGUUUGAGGACAACCAGCUACCUAUGUCAGAGGAAGAGAAGGCUGUGUUUGCUGAAGCUGAGGCGGCUCGUGCAGCAGCAGAAGCAGCUGCAAAGGCAUUUUCUGAGGCCUAUCAUAAUACUUCAUUGCAGCUUCCUAAGAUCCCCUCAUUUCAUAAGUUUGCCAGGCGAGAGCAGUAUGCAAAGAUGGACGAAUCUGAUUUCAGGAAAAAGUUUCCUGGAAAUGUCUUAGGAAGACAAGAUUGUAUGUCAGAGAUUGACUCGAGGAACUGCAAAGUUAGGGACUGGUAUGAUUUUCCUGCCUCGUGCCUUGACCUUGACAGUGCAAGGAUUCCAGUUGAUAACUAUUCACAGCCUAGCCAUUCGAAUGAGCUUGUAUCUCAUUCGAAGUUCAGAGAAUGUUCUGGAGAAAGUGUGGCUGCGGAUACCAGUUUCUUAACUGGGGCAUGGGUUGAUACUGGUGGUAGUAGCGAUGGUUUCAAGGAUUCUCAGGCUAUAGAUAGAUGGCAAUCUCAAGCUGCUGCUGCUGAUCCUGAAUUUUUCAAUCGUACUUUGCAUAUAAAGGAUGAAGAAGAUUCGAUUGCUUGUUCGACUGGCCCUCCUAGUUGGAAGCAUGACCAACGAGCGAAUGAAUGUUCCGUGUCACAGGUUACAGUGAAUAAAGAGCCACAUAAAAAUCAUAUCCGGAGUGCAGAUCGUUUGAAACAGGGAGUUGUAGAUUUUGUUGCAUCGUUGCUUAUGGCCCCGUAUAGAGCAAAGAAAAUUGAUAGAGAUGUAUACAAGUCAAUUAUGAAGAAGACAGCAACAAAGGUUAUGCAACAUACAACAGAUGUGGAGAAAGCUAUGGCUGUUACACAGUUCCUCGACUCAAAGCGGAAAAAUAAGAUUCGUGACUUUGUGGACAAACAAGUUGACAAGUACAUGGUGAUACCUCAAGUUCCAAAACCUUGAUGGUCACUGGAUCUUUAGUAAUGGCCAAUGGUAGUUAAGUUGGUAUCCGCUGGGAUGGCAAAGCCCAUUUGUAGAGACCACAUAUCAGGAAGCUUAUGAAGCAGAUGGUCUGAUGUAAAAGAGACUUUCCCAUGAUUUGACAUACCAAAAGAUUGGCAGAGACGAGUUUUUGGCAUUACCAGAUAUGAUGAAGGGUCUUGCUAUAUUGCUAGGUAUGGGUGAAGCAUCUGCUCUCCUCUUCCUGGGGGAAAUGUUUAGAGGACUUUCUGAUCAAGCUUUUAUGUCAAGUGGAUAUGUCUUUCAUGAGUUAUCCCCUCGGAUGAUGCAUGUUCUCAACUUACACUGAUUGUUUUUUAGUAAUUGUAUAGAGCUCAAGAUUUAGUGUUAACCCCCAUUAGAAACAAUUCUAUUUUCAGGUAUCUGAAUUCAUUUCUUGAGAUUCAUGUCAUUUCUGGAACCCAAGAGAAAAGCUUUUUACUUUGUAAUGUCAAUGAUUAUAUAGCUUGAGUCAAAUAAUGCGAAUAUGGAUCUUAUGUUCUGAUUUGCCUAUACUAACAGCAGCCAUUUGGUAAGUUCGUCCCUAUCUUUCUGAAGGGAAAAUCUUGGAUACCACAGCUGCAGGUGUAUCACUUUCACUCUUGCAGGUAAAGAUGGAUUGUCAAAAAAUGGAAAGUAACGAUUGGUUCAGCUCCCAAGCAUUUAAGUAUUGUGAUGUUCUUCUGAUGAUUUAAGACUUACAAGCAGCUUGUGGAAGAUGCAUUGCUACGACGCAGGUGAGGAAAACUUGGCUGAAUUCACUUUCACCCAUGUUGGUGAGAGCUGGAAUCUUUUUAAUCAAAGCUGCUUAGAUAGAUAAAUACCUUGGCUCAAGAAUCUCUCUCCUUGUUGAUGGGAGGUACAUUUAUGCUUGCAUUGUUUUAUAAAUUGUCAUUUGCAUUUACAUUUGUCAAGGAUCGUAAUUAAUUAAUUAUGAUGGCUUCAUAUCACCAAUUCAAUUGCUACUGAGUUUAACCGCUGGGUCUGGUAUUUGCACUGUAGUCUCUGAAUGUUUCAUGGUUUAAAUCGUGAGAAUCAUAUGCCAUUGUUCAUUC